GGGAGGCAGGUGCGGCCGGGCGAUCGAUUUCCGCUGCUAGGCAACGGCCUCUCCACACAACAAACCACCGAUAGCACGGCUCCAGGAACGCCGAGCAACAGACUACGCUCGUGUUUGAUGUAGACGGUGUGAGUGGGUGGGAUACCGUGUUUGGGUGAGCAGGCUAUGUUCGAGAGAUCAGUCCGCCGAGCUAACAGUGUUCCCUAAACUUCAGAGUUCAGAGCUUACAGUGUUUCUCCCUUUUCGAGGAGUAUCGCAGUGGACCAUCGCCUUUGAUGUUUGUGCCGCGUGCCUUAUGGUUGUGAUUGUGUUGAGAACAGCAAGCAGCUGAGAGUAAAUAUGGUCUCGGCUGGCGACAAGCAGCCCCUGACGGCGGCAGAGGGCGGCAGUCAGAUGCCCGAGGGCCUGGUCGAACGGACGCGGCGCUCUCUGUCGGCGGUGCUCGGCGACAAAAAGCACAAGACGACCGGCAGAAACAGCCAGGGAAAUAAUGAACUGCAAGGCUGGCAGAAUCCUUCGUAUGAAAUGACCGAAAUGGAACAGAGCAAGGAGGUCGAGGUCAAGGAAGCCGAUGUGGAUGAUGGCAAUGUCGAGAGUGGGAAGAGGGUCAAGAAGACCGAUCGACACGCAUCAAAAGGUCGUCGAAAGGAUCGCGAACGUCGUAAGAGGCCGGAUGUUCUCGUUGAAGAACAUGAAAUGGAAGAGAGGCCAGGUAAAAGUGUCUCCGCUGAUCCCGGCGCCAGUUUGAGGGUGGUCGAUGAAACUGCCGCCGGUCAGGGCGAUGGGCCGGCGAACCCUGGCGAGCCGCCCAGCAGACCCCCGCGUCGCCCGGGCCGCCGUGGCAGGAAGAAGGCCCAUGUACCGAGCGACCAGCAGGCGGCUGAGCUGGCUGAGACGCACGGCGUUCCGCACACCGCUGAGGAGGGCGGCGGAGAGCCGGCCGCUGCGGCUGACCAGGUGCUGGGCGUGCUGGUGCACCAGGCCGACCGGCUGGACGGCGCCAGCUGGCACCUCAGCCGGCCCAUGGUGCGCGUGCAGCUGGUGGACGACGCCACUGGACAGCCAGUGCGCAAGUGUGACCCGCAUCGGCACGUCACCUACUUCUACGAGCCCGACGGCGUGGAGACCAUCCUGCCGGCUCUGACGCAGCCGGGCACGGCAAUCGGCGGCGGCCUCAUCACCUGGGACGACCUGCUGCUGUUCAACGAGCCGGUCAGCCGGCUGACGGCCGACGAGCCGCGCGUCUGCCUCCUGUUCGAGCUGACCACGGCGCGGCCGGAGCUGAGCACCACCGCCUGGGCGUUCCUGCGGCUGCGCAGCGCCGCGCCCGGCGGUCGGCUCAACACGGAGCGCCGGCUGCGGCUGCAGCUGUACCGGCCGCCGGGCGACCGGGCGGCGCGCACCACACCCGCGCUGAACUGGUGGCGCUCCGGCGGCCGGCGGCACCGGCUGGCCGCCACGCUGCACGUCACCGUCAGCGCGCUGCUGCCGCCGGCUCUGGAGCCCGGUCGGCGCUCACUGUACCCCACCCAGCCGGAGGAGGCGGCCGGAGCGGCAGCCAGCCCGGAGCCGGGAGCCCGGCGGCCCAGCUCGCCGCUGCUGCCCACCUGGAGUCGGCUCAGCGGCCAGCAGUGCCGGCUGCCCAACACGCGGCGCGCCACGCUCGCUGACGACUGCGAGUCCUGUCAGACGCUGCGGUUCGACGGCAGCGGGCAGCGGCUGGCGUGCGCCGUCCAGCGGGCCGCCCAGUUCCCCGUGCUGGUGUACCAGGUGGCGAGCGGCCAGCGCUCGCACGCGCUGCUCGGCCACGCUGGUCUGGUGUACGACCUGCGCUGGGCUGACGACCGACUGGUGACCGCUUCGGCCGACUGGACCGCCCGUCUGUGGCACCUGAACGAGGCCGGCCGGUACACGGCGCUCGUGUUGCCACACCCGGGCUACGUGUACUCGGCGCUGUUCCACCUGACUGCCCCUCAGUUCCUGGUCACCGGCUGCUUCGACGGCGUGGUGCGACUCUGGGAGAGCGGAGUGCGGGACGCGCCCGGCGCCGAGCCGCGGCUCGCGGACGAGCUGGUCGCCGGAGAGACGCCCGUCAACAGCCUCUGCUGCUCGGCGGACGGUCGUCGUCUGUACGCCGGUGACGCUCGCGGUCGGCUGAGCGUCUGGUCGUGGCGCGAGGUCGGCGGCCGACCUCAGGUGACCCUGGAGCGUCGACUGGCCCCGGAGGAGGUCGGAGGCGCGCCAAUCGAUCACCUGGAGCUGCACCCGGCCGGCCGGCGGCUGCUGGUGCAGGCGCGCCGCGGUGUGAUCGCCGUGCUCGACACGGACCAUCUGGUAACGCUGCGCACGCUCGGGGGACACCUGCACAGCCGGACGCUGGUGCGCGGAGCGGUGACCCCGUGCGGCACCUACUACCUGUGCGGGGCGGAGGACGGGUGCCUGCACGUCUGGGCGCUCGAUUCGGGUGAGCGGUGCGCCACCUACACGGCGCUGGGCGGGACGCGACCCGUGGUAGGGGUCCACUUUCACCCGUGGGAGCACAUGACGGCCGUGGCGUCGCACCGCGACCCGCGCGUCACCGUCCAGCUGAUACAGCACGAACGGCAGGCCGAUGGGGAGCAGCUGGGCCUGUCGCUGCUGCCGCGAGCCAUCCAGCCGGCACCCACUGACGACUUCACAGCGCCGCCGCUGACCCCACCACCGGCCCGUGACGAGCCUCCCGAGGACGAGCACGAGAACCGCCGCUUCCAGGCCAUCCUGGACCGUCUGGACUCUGUGAUCGAGGUGGCGCGCGGCGGCCCGGCCGGUGGACGGCUCUCGGAGACAGUGCUGAGCGCACCUGCCGGCCUGGCGACGAGCGAGGGUGACGGGGAGCUGCCGGCGGUCCACCGGUCCCGCCACCGGCGCCGACGCAGGGAGCAGAAACAGAGGGACGCUCUGAGCCGUACCGACCCGGGAGUGUGACCGCCCGACCUGACCUCGGGGGGGGGGGGGGGAGUGUGCAGGAAUAGAAUUGCCGUAUUGAUGGGGGUGCGCGCCGAGAUCUGUUAACAAACUGGGCCAUGUUGUGUUUGUGAUGUUUGUUGGAGCUUCCUUGGGCAAUCAUUUGAGAUACGCCAGUACACUUGUCAUUGUGUUA